UAAGAAAGCUCUUGAUUGUAUUUAAAACAGACAUCGAUAGUUAGUUAGCCAUCGAUGUUUUAAUACUUUUAUUCUACCGGUGAUAGAGAGAAUACAGACAGACAGUUAUCAGUUCGUUCUGGAUCGUUCUGCCGGCAAUUGUUUGGUCAUUGUGAUUUCAUCACUUACUAUUUUCGUGACUCUCAACAUAAUUAGCACCGUUUUAUUUAUACAAGUCAUAUUUGAAUAACUUAAAAAAGUUUUGCAAAAUGUGCACUUUUAUUAACUGUUUGUUGUGUCCUUGUGUUCUAUGGCCUGUACUUGGUGCCGCUGCAAUUUAUUUUCUCAGGCAAUACAUGCAAGGCGGACAAUUCGAAAAGCAAACCGAUGAAACGGGAAAAGUUGUAAUUGUAACCGGUUCGAAUACUGGCAUUGGCAAGGAGACUGUCUUGGAACUGGCACGUCGAGGGGCCACUGUUUAUAUGGCUUGCAGGGAUAAGAAGAGAACGGAUCAAGCUCGUCUGGAAAUAAUUAGGGAAACCAACAACCAGAACAUAUUCUUCCGUGAACUCGACUUGGCUUCUCUGGAUUCCAUUCGCAAAUUUGUCACGGGCUUCAAGGGCGAACAGGACAAACUACACAUUCUCAUCAACAAUGCUGGUGUGAUGCGUUGUCCCCGAAUGCUAACCAAAGAUGGCUUCGAAAUGCAGCUGGGCGUCAACCACAUUGGUCACUUCCUCCUGACAAACUUAUUGCUCGAUGUGCUGAAGAAAUCGGCACCCAGUCGAAUUGUCAAUGUGUCCAGCUUGGCUCACACUCGCGGCACAAUUAAUAUUAAUGACUUAAACAGCGAGAAGUCUUAUGAUGAGGGAAGUGCCUACAGCCAGAGCAAACUGGCCAACGUAUUGUUCACUCGCGAGCUGGCCAAACGCUUGGAAGGAACAGGCGUGACUGUCAAUGCUCUGCAUCCUGGUGUGGUCAACACUGAACUUGGCAGACACAUGAAGAUCUUCAAUACCUUUUUCGGCCGCUUUAUUCUCAAAGGUUUGCUGUGGCCACUACUGAAGACACCCAAGAGUGGCGCUCAAACCACUUUGUAUGCGGCUAUCGAUCCAGAAUUGAACGGAGUAUCUGGACUGUACUUUAGCGAUUGCAAACCAAAGAAAAUGGCGCCUUCUGCCUUCGAUGAAAAGACUGGCAAACUCCUCUGGGAGGAGAGUGAGAAGUGGACCCAUUCUAAAUUCUAGUUUAAUGUUUUAUUAAAUGCAAUUAUAAUUUAUAUCGACUUAUGUAUAUAUGUAUAUUAUGCACAUCAUUAUUGUAUUCCAAAUUAUACGCACCGCAAACAUACUUUU